AGAAAACAACACCAUCAGCACAAAAUAAACUAAUGUGUUUAUAUUUGAAAUGUAAAAUUCCUUCAUGUUUGUGUUGUAAUAAUUUUAAUUCGCCGUCUCGGCUACUUAUUUCAGUGUUCUAAAAUGGUUCUUUGAUAAUUUUAUUGAAAUACUCUGGGAAAAGCGCCGAACACACGAGAUUAAAUCGCUACCGGCUUUGCCACUAUAGCAGCGAUGGGGACUAAAUGGACCGAUGAGUCCGCAAUUCUGCGCGACUUGUCGCUUGCACAAGGUCGCUGGGUGCCGGGCGGGAUCGACUCCGCCGUCGCCGGCGCGAAACCACCAGCCCACAAUAUUACAGAAGAGACAGAGGAGGAAUACUACCGGCACUGGUCGUCUUUGGACCAGGGAGGCACUGGAGAUAUAAGCUCAGGCCCGGACUUGUACCAGAUAAAGACUAUGCUGGAAUUGAUGCAGGAUGAAUAUCCUCCCAACGAAGAGUGUUUCUCUGGUCCCAUCGAGAUCAGAAAACUAAAUGCCCACGCACCCCACUUCAUCCCAACAACAAAAAAAAAUACCAAAGUAAAUAAGGCUCCUAACAAGCCUCGGCGAGCUCGCAACGUCGCCAUUGCCUCAAUACUGGCUCUAUCUCAAGAGCCGUUAAAACUGGCCAAACCAGAGGACUUCAUGAAGCCGAGUAAGGAAGAUGAGGAGGUUAUGGAGAGAAGGAAGGAUUCCGUAAAUAAAGUUACAAAUUGGUUGCAGUCGCGAGAUAUCACGUCUAUGUUUAAGAGGAAGUCUCCGGGGAAUUCUUUUAAGGAGGUGAAAAGUAACAGCAUAGAAGACAAGUCACCGGUCCACUCCAAUGAAAGUAUAAAGUCUUCGCAUGGGCAUGGAAGUGUAAAGUUUCCGCAUGGGCAAGGAAGCACAAAGUCCCCAAACGGGCAGUACACUCCGUCCCCCUGGGCGGAAGAGUACUACAGGAAGGCCGUGGAGAGAAGCCAUGUGCGGGAUCUGGUGCAGACGGAUGUGUGGGGCCGGGCUGAGCAGGCCAUGAAGGUGAUUGAUACCAGGAAAGAAGAAAUAAGAAAGCAAGAAGCAGCGGCGGAGCUGGCGGCCGAGAUCGCGCGCCAAUGCGAGGCUUUAGAAAACACGAAGCCGGCGGACCCGGGUACUACAGGUGGAAAUGCAAACAUGACAACAUCGGUCAAUGAAGCCGACGAGGAUGAAGCUGAAGGUAUAGCCAAAGUACUGCUGCCGAAGAGUCGCCACUUGCUGUAUCCCGGAGACGCCUGUAUCGUCUGCAAAGUGAUGGCCGCUCCGGACCCACAAGAAAAUACUUCCAAAUCUGAGUCAGGGGUCGGGAAAGAUCACCGCGCGAGCCCCAUGCGGCUCUUUCAAGUUGCAAUUGCGGCUCUUAGAUCUGAGAACACUUAGUUAUUAGACCACUGGUCUACUUUAGGGUUAAUCAACUUUUUUUUGUGUUGUUAUCCUGUCCCGUUGUCCAAGAGACAAUACUGGUACACUUUGUUUGAAGAGAUGUAUGCUGUUCUAUUAAUAUAUAUGAAUAUUAGUAUGGAUAUUUUCUAUAGAAUAUGCCAUACGCGUACCCGUGAGGGACAGAACACAGGCAACGCGACGACAACAUGCCAAACACAACCUACGUAAAGCCUGACCAGGAAUAUAUGAUCACGCGCAAUGUUGCGGAAUUUCACGCGCAUGUAACUCCUCUGGAGUUGCAGGCGUACAUAGGCUACGGAGACUGCUUAAUAUCAGGCGGGCCGUAU